AUGCCAAGCUGGGCACGCUCGGAGCACUUGGUGCUCAUUGCUGCGUGCGAAAAUGCGUUGUAUGCGCACCCUCACGAAUCGUUGGUCCACCCCUCGCCUGCAAUGAAAACCGCUAUCCAUGACAACUUCGUGAAGCUGGCCCACAGCACGAGACGAACGCAGCUGGCGACGGCGUCGAAGUGGAAGAGGCUCGUGGCGCAGUUCCGUAGCAACGUUAAGCUUGACCGAGAGGUGUCUGCAGCGCUUGGGCGCGUUCUACGUGGGUGUGAGCCUCGCUGGACUCGACGUGAGCUGGACCUGCUAACUCGCGCUAUUGAAGAUCUUGGCUUUCCUGCUCUCCAGUCCCCAAAGUGCGCGUCGAAGCUCCAUCCGAGCUUUGUGCGGCUAGGCGGCAGCGCUCGGUCCUGCGAUGCAGUUGAAGCGGCGACUCGCGCGGUGCUGACAGCCCGUCAGUUCGUCGCAAAUGGCUACGGCUCCUGGACUACCUGGUUCGAGCUCACGGAGGCCUGUCGACGCGAGGCCUCACGACGCUGCGCAGAGCCCGAGGUGCUGCUGAGUUUGAGUCAAACCGCAUUUCGGACGCUUGACAAGGUCCGCGCCCGGAAGCUCGGGGUGCUGGCGGAGGCAGCUUCGACUCAAGCGUCCGAAGACGAGGAGGCAGACGCAGACGCUUGCUCAACUCUUGCAACCGACAACACUGAAGACGAGAGCGAGGAGGGCGAGGAGGACACUUCGGACGACGACGAACCAGUUCUGGUGAAGGUGUCCAAGGUGCUCUGUGAACAAGUCAACACCCAAGCGAACACCUCGAGCGGAGCCAAGGUCGCCGAAGACCAUUUGAAGCUCCUCGUGAAGGCGGGUGCAGAUGCUGAAGAGCGGAUGAGGCUGGUGGUGACGCAAAGCGAGGAGAGGGAGCGUUUGUUUGCUCGCUUCUUGCAGGACAAGGGCUGA